AUGACCAUCAUCGCAAAUGUUCCUUCCAGCUCGGCUAAGAAGCUCGCCGGAAAUACGGCUGCGGUGAUGAUUCCACCUUCUCCGACAAGAGCUCCAACCGCUGGGAAGUCACACUUCCCGCCCGAAAUCUCCACCCAUGGUCCCGGAAGUAACCAGGAGCACAAGGGUCAGAUUAGGUCUACGACAUCGACUGCCCUCAACCCGAAAUCAGUUCCACUAAUGUCCCCAAUCAAUAGUUGGAAGUUUCGUAAGAAGAAGCAUACAGGAGCAACCCUUGUUCCUCGUCCGUGGAACGACGACGACGCGGAAUGGAUGGCCAGGAACUCCGGGACAUGGGCAAAGCUCCACUGA